AUUUUCUCAAUUAUGCCGCGAAUUCAUCAAAAUAAUAUUCGUUAUGAAGCUCACAGAUUUAAACAUUGACUGCCUGUUGCGGAUUUUUAAAUAUUGUUCUGAACGCGAGCUAGUCAUAUUGAGUCAAGCCAGCAAUUAUCUAGGCGCUGUGAUCGAGCAGAAUGUGUUCUAUGCCAUGACACAGGAUUUGCUUUUAUGUGGCCACAGGAAUAAACCAUGUGUUGAGAAAAGGAAUCAAUCAACGAUGACAUACUUUGAGCGACUACAAGUUGGAAGGAAUUGGUUGAAGGGUGUGUACUUGGAGCGACACUACUUCCACCAUUCCCAGAUGUUCCCCUCCAGGCUGUGUUUGGACUCAGACUAUCUGUACAUAACGCACGUGCACUAUUUGCGUAAAUACAGGCGAACUGGUCCCGAGUCACUGCAGCGUCGCUACGAGGAGGAAAUAAACACACCCACUGUUUCAGACAUAUCCGAUUUUGUAAAGAAAAAAGACACAAUCUUUGCGGGAAGAGUGAAUGGAUCGUGCUUUGUGAGCGACACGGAUGGCAUCACCGAACAGACAAUGCACCAUCCCAAGGAGUAUCUCUUUUGUGUGGACUUCAUGGACAGUGUCUAUGUGAGCAGCACGGACACUUGCUGCAAGCUGUGGAAACGUUCCCAGGAGUUUGGACUGUCGCACUUUGAUUUAUUUAUGCAGCUGCAACAUUCGUUUAAAUCCAUGAAACUCAGUGCCGAUAGUCAGUGGCUCUAUGGAGGUCUGUACACAGAUACGGGUCGAAGAGCACUGCGCGCCAUUCAUGUGGACAGUGGCGAGGAGCAAGUUCUCAAUUCAAAUACAAUAUCCAUUUACGAUCUCAAGAUAAAAGAUGAUCAUGUUCUGCUAACCGCCAACUUUGAUACCACAUUCCGCAUCUUCGAUCGACGCACGGAUCGCGAUGUUUCCAUUUGGGAGGAUCCUUUUGACUCGUCCUUCUAUUGCCUCGAGUACGACGGUCUCUAUGCAGUCCUGUGCGGUGCAAAGUAUCACGGACGGGUUAACCUAUACGAUAUUCGCGUACCCGGCAAGUACGUACAAUUAUACUUUCCAGGUCGGACGCGUCAGCACAGGAGUUCUCCGGUAUAUAGUCUCGCCUGUGAUAGUCAAUAUAUGUUCGUUGCAACCGAUCACAACUUGAGGGUCUUUGAUUUUAAGAUAAAUUACGGCGUUGAAAGAGAUUAUAGCAUUUUUCGUGAUGAUAAAUAUUGAUAAAUUGUCUUGUACUAUAAUAAUGAAAUCUAUGAUUUGUUUGCCAA